AUGCUAGCCACUUCCUCUGAAUCACUUGGACAUGAUGAUGGGGACAGCGAGGCCAGAGAAGCUCAUCCUCAGGCCAUGCAGCUAGUUGUCCUGGUGUUCGCUGCCGGGAUAUUGGUUCAGAAUGACAAUAUAAAUUCAAAUGGUUUCUUUCUCCUUACUGCGGGACAAGAGAUUUAUCCUGUCUGCAAUGAAGGUCACAGUGGAGUCAACCAGUUGGGAGGUGUGUUUGUAAACGGCAGGCCGCUGCCAGACACCACCAGACAGAAGAUAGUGGAGCUGGCUCAUAGCGGGGCGCGCCCCUGCGACAUCUCCCGAAUCCUACAGGUGUCCAACGGCUGUGUGAGUAAGAUCCUGGGCCGCUACUACGAGACAGGCUCCAUCCGACCACGGGCCAUAGGGGGGAGUAAACCCAGAGUGGCGACCCAAUCGGUGGUGGGGAAGAUCGCCACGUACAAGAGGGAGUGUCCGUCUAUCUUCGCCUGGGAGAUCAGAGACCGCCUGCUGGCAGAAGGGGUCUGCACUAAUGAGAACAUACCGAGUGUGUCCUCCAUAAACCGCGUGCUAAGGAACCUGGCCAGCGAGAAGCAGCAGGUGGGGCCCCCUAGGGUGGACGGGAUGUUCGACAAGCUCAGGAUGCUCAGCGGUCAGACCAACUGGGGCGGGCGCCUGCCGUGGUACCCCGGGACCACCCUGCCCAGCGCUGAGACGGAGGGGAGAGGAGCAGAGAAUACCAACUCAAUACAUGCUAAUGCUGAAGACUCUGAGGAGACUCAGAUCAGACUGCAACUCAAGAGGAAGCUCCAAAGAAAUAGAACAUCGUUCACACAGGAACAAAUAGAGGCACUUGAGAAAGAAUUUGAAAGGACUCACUACCCAGAUGUGUUUGCCAGAGAACGACUUGCUGCCAAAAUAGACCUGCCAGAGGCGCGGAUACAGGUGUGGUUCUCAAAUAGAAGAGCCAAGUGGAGAAGAGACGAGAAGCUGAGGGCUCAACGUCGCCAGUUGUCCAUCUCCUCCAGUAACAUCCCCAUCAGCAGCAGCUUCAAUACCAGUGUUUACCAGCCUUUACCACAGCAUGCUGCACCAGUGAGCUUCGCAUCAGGACCUGUGUUGGGAAGAUCAGAAGCAGUUCUAUCCAACAGCUACAGCAUACCAACCUUGCCCAACUUCACAAUGGCAAGCAGCCUGCCUAUUCAGGUCUUAUUUCCCCUGGAGUCUCGGUGCCAGUUCAGGUUCCAGGGAGUGAGGUAG